UUCGGUCAUCUUGCGCUGAUAAAUUUGUCCUCCAAAACCGGUUUGUCGCAUUAUGUUUCUUAACCAACUGGUAUUGCUCAUCUGUCUAACACAAGAAUUUAUUUUAUUUUAAUUCAUCUUGACGUAAUGGCGUGUCCUUUUCAAGAUUCAGCAGCCCCGCUGAAUCCGGCGGUCCUGCCUUUGGACUGGCUCCUGGGCACCUGGGAGUCAGAUGAGCCCGGCGAGGGCUCCUUCCCCACCAUCCCGCCCUUCCGCUACACAGAGACGCUCCAUUUCACCCACGUGGGCCAGCCUGUCAUCAACUUUAUGUUCAAUGCCUUUCACGCGGAAAGUAAAAAGCCGUUGCACAGAGAAUGCGGAUUCAUCCGGAUUCAGCCAGGUACCAACAGGCUGGCUUUCAUCAUAGCCCAGAACUCAGGACUGGUGGAGAUCGAGGAGGGGGAACUCACCGCUCAGCAGCUGACCCUGCAGAGUCACGCUCUCGCCAGAACCUCCUUCGCCAGGGAGCCCCACGUGCAGCAGAUCUCCAGGGUCUUCCAGCUGAGGGCAGACGGCCGGCUGGAACAGACGGUCUGCAUGGCAACGGGAGACCAGCCCCUGACGCAGCAUUUACACAUUACCUACCGCCGGGCCUCCUGAUUGGCUGGAGGUCAUAGCAGGGGUUUUCCUGAUAGGUUGGAGGUCAGAGGAGGGACCCCCUGAUUGGCUGGAGGUCGGAGCAGGGAUGCUGUUGGGUUUUUAGGCGUGACACAUAAUUAUCUAGCUCAGGAGAAAGUGAUGGUGACAGAUGUUCAUUUGGGUAGGCUCUGUUAAUGUCACUUUGCAUGUACUAACAAUGCCUCUCAAGU